AUGACGCGGAGCGAGGGAGGGAUGCUUGGUGCUGCGGCAACUGCUAGCUUACGCGGGUGAAGGGUGACUGUUCGUCACGUGUCGAUAUUGAAGAUUGACAGCUAGCUGCGGCGUGCGGUGACAUUGUAGCACACUAAACUGUCAAAUGGGAGGGAGGGCAUGGGUUACAAGCGGAAUAUCACGAUGUAUACAUGAUAUGAGGAUACUUUCAAAAACCGGGUCGAUCUUGUAUUGCAUUUUUUCCUGUCUAUUGACGAAGAACAUUACUGCUGAGAAGUUGUUAGCCAGCUGGUACUGUAGCUAACUAGCUAGCUUAGCUCAGUUCACCUGUGCGUCCGGUUGGCUUGGCACAGGUUGAUAUGGUUCGAAGAGCUCCAACUGACCAUGCGCAUGGAUGGGUGUCAAAUAAAUCUCCUGAGCUGCAAAUUGAAAUGACAGAAUGACAACAAACAAGACUUUUUUUUUUUCACCACUGAACUAAUAACGUUUCGUAGCCCCCCGAACAUGACUGAUACAAAUACUGCAUGUAAUACAGCGACUAAUUGGGGCAUGGUGCGGUGGUGUUGUCGGGGACUGAGAUGGCCCGUCAAAUCCACAGAGAGAUCCAGAGGGAGGUGGAGGAGCUGGUCUCCGGGGGCAAUAUGAGACCCCACCUGGGUGUGGUGCUGGUAGGGGAUGACUCGGCCAGCAGGACCUAUGUCAGAAACAAAACAAGAGCUGCUAGCCUACUUGGUAUCUCCAGUGACACGGUGGUGAAGCCUAGCUCUGUGUCUCAGGAGGAGCUACUGGAGCUGAUUGACAAGAUGAAUCGAGACUGGAAGGUCUCAGGCUUGCUUGUUCAACUACCUCUACCAGGACACAUCAAUGAGCGUGCAGUGUGUAACGCAAUAGCACCAGAGAAGGAUGUGGAUGGGUUUCAUAUUGUCAACAUAGGGAAGCUGUGUCUCGACCAGAGAUCCAUGGUACCUGCUACACCCGCUGCAGUAUGGGAGAUCAUCAAAAGAGCUGGUAUCGAGACAGUGGGGAAGAACGUGCUGGUGGCCGGACGCUCCAAAAACGUAGGCUUGCCUAUUGCCAUGCUUUUACACACUGACCGCAACCACGAACGCCCUGGAGGUGACGCCACGGUAACCAUCACCCACAGGUGUACGCCCAGAGAACAGCUGAAGCAGCUGACCCAUCUAGCUGACAUCGUGAUCUCAGCAACAGGGGUGCCGGGGCUGAUCACGGCAGACAUGGUGAAGGAGGGUGCGGCAGUCAUCGAUGUGGGGAUCAACCGAGUCCGUGACCCCAUAACAGGCAAACUGCGAUUGGUGGGAGAUGUGGACUUUAAUGGAGUGAAGGAGAAGGCGGGGUUUAUAACACCAGUUCCUGGAGGGGUGGGGCCUAUGACAGUUGCCAUGCUGAUGAAGAACACUGUAGCUGCUGCCAGAUACGCACUGACACACUGAAACACACCAACAUAAAAUCACUCACACAAACAUAGAAUCUCACACACAACGGAACAUGCUAGAAUAAACACACAGUGAAACACAAAGGUGACACACAUUAUCAAACACACACAGAGAUGACACACUCCAAUACAACCAUACGAAGCAUGCACACUCCAUACAUCCAGGGGUUUGGUUACUUUAAAUGUUUUUAUUUAUUAAUUUUGAAGCUCAUUUAUUGAGAGUUUUUACAUUUGUAUUUUUUCUACUGAAGCCAUUAGUGUUAUGUUCCAGUUAUUUAAGAAUAUUUCAGCUUAUUUGACUGAAAGUGAAAAUCAAUAAAAAAUUAA